AGAGGGAAAAGCAUUCAGAAAUAAUACUUUUUUCCGCUUUGUCAUGCUUCAAGUUUAACAGUCAGCACGGAGACCUUUCUGUGCAUGACAACAAAAUGUCACUAACAGGGAGAGGGAAUCGACCAAUUCAACCCCAGCCUCAUAGACUGUUCCACACAAAAUCCAAUUCAUGGGCAUGAUUUUCCAUGUGCCACGCUGUUCCACGAAGAAGACGCGUCAUGAGUCAUGACUGGCCACUGUUAAGUGCCAUUCUCCAAGGGGCAUAACCUUUGCUCUCAUCAGUAGAGGCACCAACCAAAGCAAAAAAGCAAUGGCACCUCGCCUCCCAUGGUGUUUCCUCCAGUUCUUGCUACUGCUGCUGGGGGUUUCAUCUGCUGCCCAAGCACAAGUGAACAUCACUCGAGGCUCCUCCUUGACGCCCCAGGGGCCAACCAGCUCAUGGCUUUCGCCCUCCGGCGACUUCGCGUUUGGUUUCCGACAAAUAGAAGGUAACUCCUCCUUGUACCUCCUCGCCGUCUGGUUCAACAGGAUCCAUGGAGAGACUGUCGUUUGGUACGCCAAGAGCAGCUCCGACGGUCAAGAGUCUCCGGUUCAAGUGCCAUCCAGUUCUGUACUGCGGCUCACCGCUGAUGGGCUGCUCUCGCUUCGCAACCCAUCUGGUGAUGAGGUCUGGAGCCCCCCGGUUCCUGCUGUGGCCUACGCCAGAAUGCUCGACACAGGCAACUUCAUGCUUGUCGGUGUAGAUGGCAAAGCAAAGUGGGAGAGCUUUGAUUUCCCGGCUGAUACCAUCCUGCCCACACAAGUGCUUUCUGUGGGUCAGCAGGACAAGGUACUCAGAAGCCGUCUCAUCGCCACAGACUACUCCAAUGGCCGGUUUCUCCUAGCUGUGCAAACUGAUGGUAAUCUUGUGUUUUAUCCAAUCGCCGAGCAUUCUACACUUCGGUACAAUGCAUACUGGGCAUCUAACACGGUUGGGAACGGCUCACAGCUGGUGUUCAAUGAAACAGGCAGGGUAUACUUCACCUUGAUAAAUGGCACACAGAUCAAUAUCACUUCGGCAGAGGGGUACUCGAUGGACACACAGGGUGAUUUCUUUCAUCGUGCCACGCUUGAUCCAGACGGUGUAUUUCGGCAAUACCUGUACCCAAAGAGCAGAAAGAUGAGAGGCCAAGGGACCUCGCAAUGGACGUCAGUAAGCUCAAUUCCCCAGAACAUCUGCCAGAGAGUGAAGGUAAAGGCAGGCAGUGGUGCAUGCGGCUUCAACAGCUACUGCACCAUUGAUGGCACCAAGAAUCAGACAAGCUGCCAAUGCCCACAACGUUACGAAUUCUUCGACGAGGAGAGGCAGUACAAAGGGUGCAGGCCUGACUUUGUGCCACAAAGCUGUGACCUUGAUGAGGAAGCAGCAAGGGCACAGUUUGAGAUGACUCUGGUCAAUAGUGUUGAUUGGCCUGAAUCUGACUAUGAGCAAUACAGCCCCAUCGACGUAUACGAGUGCCAGAGGCUGUGUGUGAUUGAUUGCUUCUGUGCCACAGCCGUCUUUCAGCCAAGCACAAAUACCUGCUGGAAGAAAAAGCUCCCUUUAUCAAAUGGGUAUAUGGCGGAAAGUGUAGACAGGACAGUUCUUAUCAAGGUGCCGAGGGGCAACAAUUCACAGUCCCAGAACACUGGCUCUAGCAAAUGGAAGAAGGACAAGAAGUAUUGGAUUCUUGGGAGUUCCUUGUUUUUUGGGGGUUCUGUAUUGGUAAACAUUCUCCUGAUCAGUAUUCUGCUCUUCGGCACUUACUGCGGUAUCUCCAUAACCUCCAAGAAGAAACUCCAGUCACCGCAACCGUCAGGUAGUUCUAUCUUGCCCCCAAAGAUUUUCACUUACAAUGAUCUGGAGAAGGCAACUAGUGGUUUCCGUGAGGUGCUUGGCAGCGGUGCCUCUGGUACCGUGUACAAAGGACAGCUGCAAGAUGAGCAUGCUACCAGCAUUGCGGUCAAGAAAAUUGAAAAACUCCAGCAAGAGACUGAGAAGGAGUUCAUGGUGGAGGUGCAAACCAUCGGGCAGACGUUUCACAAGAACUUGGUCAGGCUGCUUGGUUUGUGCAGUGAGGGAACUCACCGACUGCUAGUUUAUGAGUUCAUGACCAAUGGCUCGCUCAACGAAUUCCUAUUCGGUGAUGCUCGGCCGGAUUGGAACCUCCGUGUGCAAGUUGCACUUGGAGUGGCACGAGGGCUGCUCUACUUGCACGAGGAGUGCAGCACACAGAUUAUCCACUGCGACAUAAAACCACAGAACAUCCUUCUUGAUGCCAACUUUAUGGCGAAGAUUGCAGACUUUGGCCUGGCGAAGCUUCUUCGAGCCAAUCAGACACAGACAAACACCGGCAUCCGGGGUACUCGAGGUUACGUUGCUCCAGAGUGGUUCAAGAACAUAGGGAUCACUUCCAAAGUCGAUGUUUACAGCUUUGGGGUGAUCCUGCUGGAGCUUGUAUGCUGCAGAAGGAAUGUGGAGCUAGAGAUCGCCGAUGAAGAGCAGGCGAUACUGACUUACUGGGCAAACGACUGUUACAGGUGCGGGAGGAUCGACUUGCUGGUGGAAGGCGACGAUGAGGCAAACUUCAACAUCAAAAAGGCAGAGCGAUUCGUGGCUGUAGCCCUUUGGUGCCUCCAGGAGGAGCCGACCAUGCGGCCAACCAUGCUUAAAGUGACACAGAUGCUUGAUGGAGCAGUGCAGAUCCCCACGCCUCCGGAUCCCUCUUCCUUCAUCAGUUCGCUUUCAUAAGUUGUAGCAUGAAGCAUGAUUAUGCAAUACUGUAUUCCUUUCAUCAGUUCACUUGUGCCUGCUUGUUAACAAAUAAGUUGUAGCAUGAAGCAAGAUUAUGCAAUACUGUAUUCUAUUGAUGCUUCAGAAUUAAUGGUAAAUAUAGCAUUUCAGGCA